ACCAGGGAUUUAGCUAUUUAAAGUUCAGUCACAGAUUCGUCCACGCUGCCAAUAAGGACGCAUGAGGACGCACAGAAGCUGGCAAGAUAGUCUGCUGAACCACUUUUUAAUGAGGGAAAGACGCGCAUUAAAUGAGAAAGAGUUUUUACAACCUGAAGCUCAACAAGAAGAUCCACCUUCAAGUGCCUGACUUGAAGCCUGCAGGUUAAUUCCGCCAGACGUCUUUGAUAUGGGAGUAAAGAUGCUGCAGUGUUUUCCUUUUUACAGACGCUGUAAAGAGCGCUGCAAGAGCAGGCAGUGCCCCCCAGCAGCAGUCACCAUCGAUGAGAUGAAGCCCCGCCUCUCUUCCACCACAUCCUGGGGCAGCGACAGCGACGGAGCAGGAAGCCUGAAUCACGGCUCCCAAAUCUACUUCUCCACCAAAGCCAGGAUGUCAUUUCGACACCAGCUGGACAGCAACAUCAACGCGGUGGACGCCACCUACUGAGGAGGAGACAAAUGGACUCUAGCAUCAAAGUUUCCUGUUGCCUGUUUAUGCCGGGACCUGGACACCUCAUAGCUGAGCAUCUUAACACCAACAGUAGUUUCAACCUUUCAUCGCUUGCUGCCAUCAAAAACAGCUCUAAAUGAUUGUUUCAAUUCAAUGACGGACGGAGGAAAACUGAUGGAAGAGGACUUGGUUCUUGAUAUGAUGUCUUUGUAGCAGGAGAGAAACAAGAAAGAGACUUGUUUACAGCAUUCACAGCCAAAAAGUGCAUUAUUGGGAGCUUUUUUUAAUUUUCUACUUCUUUUUUGGCUACCUGUGUGAAAAAGCAGAUUUUCCAGUGUGGAAAUGGUAGGUGUUUUCAUAAAGCCUUCAAAGGUAUAAUCAAGCAUAUCUCCAUCUAAUCCUCAUCAUUACCACUUAGAUUGAAUCAUGUCCCUAAACCUGAUGCUGACAUUUCUUCUUGGUUUACGGUCUAAUCCUGCUUUGACAAAACACGCACCACUCACAGUGAAACACUAGAAAACAGAAGAAUUAACCCUAAUUUAAAAGGCGCAUAUGAGUUUACUUGAGAUGAUGUGAUAAACUGAGAGUCAAAAUUUAAGGAUGCUGUCUUUUUUGCCUCCAUUUCAUUCAGCUUUUUAAAAAGUAUGAAUGAAACCCAGCCGCACAGCAAGACUUCUUUUUGUGUAUUUUCUUUAGCUGUGUUUGGCUCAUGCUGACUAAUUCUGAUAUUUGUACAUUUUUAUAAUAAAACAAAAUCCAGAUUUUGUGAUAUCAAAAUACAUUUACUCAUUUUGAUAAAGUGACCCAAACAGCAGCUUUUUAGGAUGAAAAGGGUUCUGUGUUUGCCUGUGAUGAAUUAAUAUGAAUGUAAAUGCUGAUCCUAAAUGACUGUGAAAGCCUGCUGAAAUUGAAACUUCAGUGUUUGUACUUAAAAGCAAAAUUAUUGACCUUUUCAGUUUUACAGUACUUUUAUUCUCUGCUAACAAAAUAACAAAGAUUUAA